AAGACGUUGAAUUUAAAAUUAAAUAUGCGUCGUACUUGUACCGUAUAGAAAUUAUAAAAGUUUUAGUGUUAAAUGACUUUUGGCAGGAUAUAUUGAAAAGUGUGUAGCUUACAUGUGUAUACACAAAUACAGGGUUAUAUAUGUAUUUAUAAAAUACGUUAAUUACAACUUUUUUUAUGUGUUUUAAAAAUUUAUAGAAUAUAUAAUCUGAAAAUUACAAAAUGCCUCGUUAUUUUAAAUCUCGAAAAUUUCAGUCAAAUCUAAACAAUGAUGAAGAAGAAGAAAUAGAUAGCGAUUCUGAAAAUGUAUUGACUAUGAGGCAUAUGAAUAUUUCCAAAAAUAUUCAAAGCAAUAGAAAUAAGCCUAAACAGGAUUCAAACAGAAAAGAGAAAUCCUUAGCAACUCAAAGAAUGAGUAGUUUAAGAAAAAGACAAAAAGGUAAAGAUACAUUAAAUGAUAGGCAGGAAGAAUCCACGAGUGAUGAAGAGCCGCAGCCUUCAACCUCCCAAGCUUCUCAGGAAAGGAAAAAAAAGGGAAAUACAUUUCAAUCUCAAAAGGCUUAUAAGUCUUUAUCACAAGCAAGUACGAGUGGAGCUCAUGAAACUUUGUAUGGUGAAGCAUCUCAGACAAUGCUAGAUACAAGCUUAACUGAACAAGAAUAUAAUCAUCAUGUGGCUAAUGUAGUGAAAUAUAUCCUGGCUGCUGAUCAUUCAAAUAAUCCCAUUGAAAGAUCAAAUAUUAGCAAAGCUGUAAAUUGUUAUAACAAAAAAUUUAAAGACAUUUUCAAGUCAGCUCAAGAUGCAUUAGAAGAUGUAUUUGGAUAUCAGUUGGAAGAAUUAAUAGAAGAAAAUAAGAAUGGGAUUGGGAAUCAAGUCAAACAAGCUAAAUCUACAAAUUUAAAAUAUAUUUUAGUAAAUAAAGUAAGCUGUGAAGAUAAAGUAAUUAAAAACUUAUGUGAUGAUGGGGACGAAGAGACUAUUAUUCAUUAUGUGUUAUUAUUUUUGUGUCUAACACACAUUUUUAUGAGUGGAGAUAAAUGUACAGAAGAAUCUCUUAGAACAUUUCUGAAAAAACUAGAGAUUCUAACAGAUAGUCAUACGAGGCAUGAACAAUUUGGGGAUGCUAUGGAUGUUAUAAAGAAAAUUUAUACUAAAGAGAAGUACAUAAAUUACAAUGAAAAGGAAGAUGAAUUUUCUUGGGGUAUUCGUGCCUUGAAAGAAUUAAAACCAAGAACUGUUAUGAACUUUGUUAGUGAAAUAUAUGGUGGCAGAGAUAUUAAAACUUGGCCCCAAGAAUAUGAACGUUUGUUAGCUAAGGAGCAGGAACAGAAUCAAAGACUAAAUGGUCAGGUCAAUGGUGCUAAACAUUAGUCUUAGAUAUUGAAUCAAUGCAUUUUAAACAAAAUUACUAUAUCAAUAAUCGUAUUUUUAUAAUGCUCAAAACCGAAAAUUUUUCAAAGAUUGCUCUAAUAACAAUAUUUAAUUAUAAGAUUUCUCUUAUACAUGAUUCCCAUUAUGUGAUUGUAUGAAGGUUAUUUCGUUUCACACUUUAUAAUUAAUAUAGAAUAAAUUAUAAUUCCGUUGAAUAAUAUAAUAUUGUAUAAAAUAGAACAAUAGAAUUUUAUAGAUAAAUAUAUAAAGAGCUUUAAAAAUACGAGU